CAAGCAACAAGUACCCAUGGCGCUCCACGUAUUUCACUCGACUUCCUGGGAAGGGGAAGGGGUUACUACAUCCUAUCAAUGGGCACCAAUUACUAGCGCUACGGCCAAGUCGCCGCCAUGGCACUCUGGUAAUCUGUCUAGAGCGAGCCUAGAAUUACCUCGCAGGCUCUGAACACGUCUAUUUUGAGAAGAAUCAUGCCGGAGCUAUCACCCAUGGAGGUGAAGCUGGGUACGCAUCUCGUGGUCUCCCUGUGGUUGGACAAGCCAUCACGGAGUUCAUCCCGAAAUUCGAGUCGCUCAGCGCGCACAAAGAUGACAGUGCUUCUCCCCGAAAACCGAAGGUACGGAUGGUUGACAGAUCUGAGAACGACGAUAACUUCGAAGUAUGGUGUUUCAAAGGACGUCUACUCCAGCGAAUCGUCCGCCGCAGCUAUCUCUCGGCGCAGCGAACACGUCCGACAGAUCCAGUGACAUGCGCAGCGGAAUCCGCUUCUCCGUCCACUGCGCCGCUGCAUGAAUGAAGCUCGUUCCAGCAUAUCCGCUUAUGCUGAUGGUUAACAACUACACAGAAUAUCUACCACGACGCCCUCGGGAGCUCUC